UAUACAAACUAUAUUUAAUCAAUUAAUUUUGUCAAUAACUAUUCAAAAUCCACACAAAUUUAUAAACUCUUUGCAAGACUUGGAUGAGAGACAGGAUUUGCAGCCAUUGUUAUACAUGUCAACCGCAGAACUAAAACAAAUUCAGCAAAUGUUGACUCCGAUAGAGACCCGGAUUAUAAACAGGGCUCUAAACGUGCUUGAUCAAAAUUAUUUUGACUUCACUUAUACGGGAAUGUAUUCCGAGUUCACAAAACUCAUGGUAAAAGUGAGGGAUAAGAGAAGUCAUGUGUUUAUCGCAUCGGAAUUUGCGAUGGAUUUCUAUACCAAACAAACGGAAACAUUUGGAUUCACCGUUCAUAUGGCCAGAGAUGAGUACUUUGACAGACCCUAUGGUUUCCUCAUUCAUAAGGAUAGCGCGGACUCAAUACUCGCCAUUCAAUUGAACCAAAUAUUAAAGUCAUCGCUAGAAUGCGGUCUCUUCUCAAAGAUGAGAGAAAUGACUGCAAAAAACGGAUUCAAAUUAUACGGAGAUUUGAACUAUAAGUAUAAACCGAUGGCAAAGAGUAUUGCAUUGAUGACAAUGGAUGCCAUGAAGAUAGCAAUUGGUCCCUAUCUUUGCGUUCAAAAAAUUAUGGAAAUACCCAAAUAUACUAACAUUUAUUGCGAUGUGGAUAUUGGCUACGAAACGGAACCCUAUGUUUUUAAUUAUGAUUUCAAGCCAAUCGGCAACUUUACCGCUACCUGGAUGCAAAUGGCCCCUGAAUUUGAAAUCAAACUGUUGUGCUCUAUGGACUAUUUCCUACUCAAGGAACUGGUCAGACGCACCCGAUAUGGAGCUAUAAUGUUGGAGACAAAUAAAUCACGCGUGUUAAAUCUACCAGGGUACAACUAUUAUAUGGAAAACAGUCUGAAAUACGUUUACGCAAAGGAUGUUGACAUAUUGCUCGAUCGAUACCAAAUAAAUGAUCAGAUGCUCCAGUUUGGUGACAUAUUGGGCGCCACCAACUAUCCGGCCCUUUCAAUACUCGGAGCGAUUAGAGUAAAGCAAUCGGCGCACAGAUAUUUAAUGAUAAUCGGUAUACUAUUUGUGGUAAAACUAAUUAUUUUGACGAUCAUUAAUGAGGAGAUACUGUCGUUUACGAUCACUAAUCCGUAUAAAGUGAUUGACUCGUUAGAGGACCUCGAGCUCAGGCCCAAAGUGGAGCCCCGGCUAUAUUUGGCCUCAGCGGACCUCAACUCAAUUCGGAAAAGGGCCACACCAUUGGAAAUGCGUGUAUUAAAGCGGGCUCUAUCUAAAUAUGAGCAAAACUACGUUGACAUCCGUUGGGGUGAUUUUUUCUACAAAUUGUCGGCCAUAUUGGAUGGCAUUCGGGCCAAAAGGAAUGAAGCGGUGAUUAUGUGGUUAUUCAACGCCGAGUUAAUUAUGAAACAAGUGGACGCAUACACGACCGUUCACUUAGCCCGCGAACAGUAUUACCAAAUGGGAUAUGGGCAUAUCGUGAACAAACAGCCUAAUAAUCCCGUAUUGUCUAAACAUUUUGCUGACAUAGUAAAGUUUGUUGUCAACUAUUAA